CAGACAUCAAGGGUAUGGAUUAGAUUUCGUACCUCGUGACAAACGCGAAGCUCCGUUGCACUAAAUAAGACAGCAAUCUCGAACUUAUAUUCGUAAGGACAGGCCAGAACGUAAUCUAGCCUCCUCGGCAUUUUAGACUGGACAAGACAACUUUGAAAGACAUGGCAGAUCAGCAAGCUGGAGGCGGCUCUAUUCGCACGCAGACAAUCGUAUGGCCUGCUUCAACAUUUGUGACCACUUGGACUCUGGGGGGCGGCAACUCUGACCCAACAGAAUCGCCGGCAACUGUCAUUCCCGCGGGGAACUCAGGCUCGACGGAUGACCAAGAUGUCGGCCCCAUCCUUAGCGGGGUGGUUGUCGUACUGGUAUUGGCGCUAAUCCUAUGGUUCUGUUGUCGGCGAAAGCGCUCUAACAGUCGUUACUCGAGACGUUCAAGUAGGCGACAAAGUUCAGGGUACACAAGUAAAGGUAGCUCCGGAAGUUCGCCCUCAUCAAAUUCUUCAUCUCAGAACGGCGGCAGUGUCGGAUCUGGUGGAAGUGAUAUCGCUGAAGAUCAAUGGGACAACCAAGAACAGAUGCCUGAAGAACCGAUGCCAGCAAUGCCACCACCCGCCGCAGGAGGAUGGCCUAACCCUGGAAUGAGACCUGUUCCGCAGCCGGGUCCAGGUAUGAAUUUUCCUCCAGACCAGGGCGGACAUCCAUUGAUGAUGGGAGGAGGUGGUCCACCACCCCUAGGUAGAGGAGGGCCUCCGCCUAUGAUGGAUCGCGGCGGACCUCCUCCUGGAAUGAUGUGAUGGCUUGGCAACUAUGCCUGACUGCUGCUCAGAAGGGACAACAAAAGGAUGCACUUUAGGUCCCAAACUCGGUGCUUUCACAUAACAACACAGGGUACC